UGAAAUAGUCAGUGACUUUGACAAUGACAAGAACUUGAAAAUGUUAUGCAGUUUGUUGUUUGAAAAUUAAAUACCUACCUGUUUUCAUAUAAUGUAUUUAUUAUUAAAAUAACUAGGGUAUUGAAAGAAAACAAAUUUUUGUGAUAUUAAAAUAAACGUUGAUCAAGUGACACACCGUCCAUUGAAUAUGGGCAAUGCGGGAAGUAAUCAACAAAAGGAAUGGCAUAAAGAUCAAGCCACAAAGCAUAUCGACAUAGGUUCAUCUUCUCCUGCAAAAGAAGGUGAAGCUUUUACGUUUGAUAAGAAAAUCGACGACGAUCGUACCUGCCGAGACGAUGACAACAACAUAGAAGACGGGGCUCCGUAUUAUACCAAAGCUGUACCUGAACACGAUGUAGAGGAAUCUGUCAUACGCGAGAGAUCCAACUCAUUUACUGAUGGAAUUAAAAUUGAGGAUGUUAAAGUAUUACCAACAGUAUUCAAAUGGGAAGGAGGGGGAAAACAAGUCUUUAUUAGCGGUACAUUUACGGACUGGAAAACUAUUCCAAUGGUGAAAUCUCAUGGUGAUUUUGUUACCAUUAUUGAUUUGCCCGAGGGUGAACAUCAAUAUAAGUAUUUUGUUGAUGGAGAAUGGCGUCACGAUCCAACUGUAAAACUUGUAGACAAUGGUAUGGGUUCCAAGAAUAAUUUGGUAACUGUUAAAAUGUCAGAUUUUGAAGUCUUCCAAGCCCUUGCAAAAGAUAGUGAGGGAAUUCAUAGUAGCGCACAAACUGAAUAUUCACAGGAAAUACCACAAUCGAAGCCUUGGGAAAAAGUUUCCGGGCCACCUAUUUUACCUCCGCAUCUUUUACAAGUUAUUCUAAAUAAAGAUACACCAUUAUCUUGUGAACCUACUUUAUUGCCUGAACCAAAUCAUGUGAUGUUGAAUCAUUUGUAUGCGUUAUCUAUAAAGGAUGGUGUUAUGGUUUUAUCAGCAACACAUCGUUAUAGGAAGAAGUAUGUUACGACAUUGCUUUACAAACCAAUUUAAAGGAGGCCUUAUGGUUACUAGUUGCAAAACUGUUGUAUGAUUAAUAUUUUUUUUAACCUCCCCGUGAUAUAAAUUCUGUAGAUAAUUUAAAUGUAAAAUUUGUGCAAUAUAAAGAAGCUUCUGUAAACUGUUUUAUUUGAUGCUUAUUCUGGAUCCCUUACUAAUUUGACAUUUUAAAAGAAUAAUUUAGAAAAGAAAUGUAUUUUGAAUGUAGUAAGUUUUCAAUGGAAGCACACCAAAGAGUUUUUAAUGUAUCUGUAAAAAGUUUUUAUUACAUUUCACAUUGGCCAACGACAUGUAACCAUAUUUUUUAAUUAUAAUUUUUGCCUUGUUAGGAUUAAAAGUUAUCAUACAUUAACAUUGUAUUAGAUAGAUUGCUUACAUGUGAUUUACAUUGUUAUACAUAUUAAUUAUUGUCUAGAAGGAAGAGUGGUUAAAUAUUAAAAAUAUAUUAUUAAUUUCAUAUAAGCAAUAAACAGCAAUGAAGGGGAACAAUAAUUUAUUAUUAAAUGUUUAACAGAUUAAAAAUUUAUAUAUAAAAAUAUUAUACAUACAAAUUAUUCACUGAAAUUAAUGAUAUAUAAUGUAGAAUUUAGAUCAAUUGUAUCAAUCACAGAAAAUUGUCUGCUGAGAUCCCAAAACUUAUAAUAAUACUGGUAAUACUAAUUUUGGUAGUUUCAUUUAUGAUUAAAUUACUUCAUAUAAUUUAAUUAUGAGAUUAUAUUAUGGUAUGGGUGCCAGGAAAGGGUAUAAAUGUGUUUCUAUAUCACUGGCUUUAAACUCUAGACAUACAUGAUCUCAUAGCUUUCUCGUUCACAAUACCCUUUAAUACAUCCUUUAGGCACCUAAUUCACUAAAUAAGAUAUCAAUUUAUAUUAUUUUAAACUUAUGUUCCCAUAAAAAUAUCAUUUUAAAUACCUAAUAAUAGUCACUUAUGAUUAGAAUAAUCUCAAUUAUCAUUUCUAUGUUUAUUUUCUGUUACUGGUAAUAAAGGUUUCUUAUCAA